AUGGCGUGGCAGCAGCAGCAGCUGCUGCAACAACAGCUGCAGCAGCAGCAACAGCUGCAGCAGCAGCAGCUGCAGCAGCAGCAACACCUGCCGCAGCAACAACCGCUCCAUCCGCAGCAGCAGCAGCAGCUGCAGCAGCCGAUAACCCGUAGUCAGUGGCCCGAGCAGCAGCAAGCCUGGCUUCCGGAGCAGCAAUGGCAGCAGCAGCAACAGCAGCAGCAACUGCUGCAGCAGCAGCAACAGCUAUUGCUGCAGCAACAACAACCGCAUCCGCACCCUCCUCUCUCUGGCUUUGCUUCAUGGCAGCAGCAGGUCGUGCCUCAGCAGCAGCAAAACCCGCAGCACCCGCCACUUCCUCACCAGCCGCAGCAGCAGCAGCAGCAGCAUCACGCCUUGCCGCUGCAGCAGACGGACUUCCAUCAGCAGCCGGGGCUUCAGCAGCCGUUGAUGCAGCAGCCCGUGCUGCAGCAGCAACCGCUGCAGCAGCCCGUGCUGCAGCAGCAGCUGCAGCAGCAACACUUGCAACAGCAGCAGCUGCAGCAGCAACAGCUACAGCAGCAGAGACUGUCUUCUAAGGACUCUUCGAGUGCUGCAGCGCCACGUAAUCUGCAGCAAGUGCAGCCGCAACAAAUGCAGCAGCAGCACUUGCAGCAGCAGCAAAUGCAGCAGCAGCAACUGCAGCAGCAACAGCUACAGCAGCAGCAGCUUCUGCAGCAUCAACGCAGCAUCGGCCCUCCAGGCUCUCAUUUAAACCAGCAGCAGCCGCUGCAGCAGCAGUUGCAGCAGCAGCCGAAGCAGGAACAGCAGCAGCAGCACCAGCAGCCAUCGCAGCAGCAGCAGCAACACCAGCAGCCGCAGCAACACCAGCAGCAACAGCAGCAGCAGCAAAGGCUGCAGCAGCAAGUAGCCCGUCAGGCAUCGGAGCCCCCUUGCGAAGGGGGAAAUGCAGUGUCGGCGUCUGCAGCAGCAGCAGGAGCAGCAGCAGCAGCUUCACGCAGCCCUGACAGCACGGGUGCUGAGGGCAUGUCGGGGCCUCCUUCUUCUGAUUCCCGCAGCAGCAGCAGCAGCAACAGCAACAGCAGCAGCGGCAGCAACAGCAGCAGCAGGGGAGGGGUGGAAGUUACACCCCAAUUGCAUCAGCUGCUGCAGCAGCUGCUGCUGCAGGUUGGAUGUGAGGAGCAGCUGGAGCCGCAGGUGCUCCCGCUGCUUGUAGACCUCUUUCAGCGGGAGGCUCUGCGUCUCUUAUACUCUGCAGCAGAAAUAGUAGAGUAUAGAGCUGCAGGAGCAGCACAAGGGAGGCAUUUAAGGGGUUUAGGGUUUAUGAAAACCCUAAACCCUCAAAGCAGAUAUGCUCUUGUUAUUGAAGAAGCAGAUGCUGCUGCUGCGCUGCAGGAAUACCUGCAGCUGGAGGUGCCGCAGCCAGCCUCUGCCCAGGAUCUGCAGCGGCUCUCUCGUCUUGCUAACACCACAACUUUUGGGGGGCUUCCUCCUUAUCUCCCUGAAGAUGUUAAUGCAUGCACUCUUAUGCCUCCUUGGGCGGUGGUGCUUGCAGACAAAACAGGGGGGGGGCCCCCCGAUGGGGGCCCCCAAGGCAAUCACCAGGGGCCCCCCCAGGGGGGCCCCCAUGGCGGCAACCAUCAGGGGGGCCCCCCCCAUGGAGGCCUCCACCACGGGGGGUCUCAGGGGGGCCCCCACCAGGGGGCCCCCCCAAGGGGUCCAGGGGCUUCGGGGGGCCCCUCAGAGCACCUCCCUUCAGGGGGCCCCCCACAGGGGGUGAGGUAA